UCUUUUUUUUUUUAUUCCAUUUUUUUUUUCUUUCCCUCUCUCUCUAUACUCUUCCAUUUUUUUUUUUUUUGAUAUCCCGAGUUUCCUGUUUUUUAUUUGAUCAUUGUUAUUAAUGAAUUAGAACCUUUUGAUUUAUAUAUUCUAGUCAUAGUACUUGAUCAAUCUACAAAUAGAACAAAACGAAAGCGGUGGUAACGAGUUAACCUGCCAAUCAAUAGAAAAGAUAAAAACGACCAUCUUUUUUUUUUGUAUAUACUAUUCAACAACUUCAUCAAAACUUUUUUUUUAUCAUGACUCAACAACAAGAAAUAUUACAGUCUCAGGAAAGACGAUUAUCUGGUAGUCGUGAAGCGAUGGAACCUCUUUAUGAACAAUUACUACAACAAGCAUUUCCCAAUAGUCACUCUGCUGUUGAAUUCUGUCGUCAUGCGUGUGCGGAAUUUGGUUUUACUGUUAAGCAAGAAGCUAGUGCCAACAGAAAUAUAUAUGUCUAUUGUUCUCGUGAAGGACUUCCUGAUUCUCAACGAAAACCGAAACCAACUCCUCAAAGAAAACGUCCUUCAAAACGUUUAUUAUCUGAAAAUAAUCAAGGCUUAUGGGAAUUUCGAAAAUCUUCUAGUCCAACUGCUUAUGAACAUAAUCAUGAAAUGAUGGAUCCAAAAGAUAUGGUCAAAACUUGGCCUGCUGAAGUCAAUUCAUUUAUUAUUCAACUCGCACGACAACGUAUGCAAACUCACGAAAUUCGAGAUAUCGUCAAACAGCGUUUUCCCGAUAUUUCUUGGAAUGAACGACGUUUUUACAAUCGACUCACCGAAGAACGGAAAAGGAUUAGACAACGGGAUGUAGUGGAUCGUGUUCAACGUAUCUUAUUUUUAUCAUCCAAAUUAUGCUCUGUAGUCGCUGGAAAUGAUGAUUGGUUUGUCAAUGUGGAAUCUGAUUUGGGCCGAAUGUUUGAACAUUAUUAUCAUCUUUCUCGUCUGUCUCCUGAUGCUUUAUCUUCUUUAGUGGACAUCUCUCUAGAUCAAAUUACAAUGGAUUCCGAUCAGCACCAACAAUUCCUCAUGGCAAGAGCAACAAGAAAUUUACAACAAUCUUCCUCAUCAAAUCCUUCUUCUUCUUCUGCUUUGUUACAUCAUCGCUCAUCAUUAUCUUCUGAUACAUCAUCAUCAAGUUUGGUAAAAAUGGAACUGGAAGAACCAUCGGGUAUGCCAACAAAGAAAAGGAAAUCCAUUCUACUGGAUCCAUCAUCAUCACCACCAUCACAACAACAACCGAAAGGUACACAUAUGGUUUUCAUUCCUUCAUAUACUUUAUACGUUCGAUCUCAUCAUUCACGUUCUAUGUCCGAAUCAUCGUCAGCACAGCAACAACAACAACAACAACAACAUCGGUUAACUUAUGCAGAAUCAUCCACGUCACCUUCAGCCAUGAUGGAUGUAACAAGUCCUCAUCCUCAACAAACUUUAUCUUUCAACAAUACUCCAUUUUAUUCUUUAGCCUCUCCAACUUCAUCUUCUACCUCAUCUGUCACUUCUACUUUUCAACAACAACAACAACGAAUACCUUCCUCUUCCUCAAUCACUGGUUCAUCCCAUACUAAUCAACAACAACAACAACUUCCAUCUUCUACUACUUGCAAUACAUCGAUGACCACUACACCCAGUACAUUUCAUACUGCAUCACCUUCUGAUUCUGGACAUCAACAAUUUUAUAUGUCAACCUCUUACAAUACUCACUCACAUCAUCAUCACUUUGGAAGUGGCAACAAUAAUGGAAUGCAAUUACAACAAGCAGCACAAGUUUAUUCUAUGCAACCAUAUAAUCAGCAAUACACAAAUAACAAUAAUUCCACUAACGUCAAUCCUGCAGAGAUCUCUUUUUUGGAUCAAGCCUCUCUGAUGACAGCAACAAAUUCAACAUCUCCACCAUCCAGUACAACGACAACAACAACUGAUGCUGCUACAAAUCAACAUAGUACGGAUCGAAGACAACCCGAAGUGUAUAGAUCAAUGAUGGAUAUCUCUUCACAACAGCAAAGAGGAUCAGAUAUACGGCAUCCACAUGAUUCAAGAUCUACCAUGUCACAAAGUUCUGCUCAUCCUUUAUUCAUGUAUCCUCCUAUUCAUGGAUCAUCCAACAAUGGAACCACUACUGGUGAUGCCAGCGAUCUUCUUCCCAAUGCCAUCCUUCAAGCUCCUCCUACUCCUUCGACUACUUACCAUCAAGCUCGUCAAUCAACAGUACAACAACAAGAAAAUAGGCAUCAAGAUCAUCAGCAACAACAGAAGCAUGAAAGAUCAAAUGUGGUAAAUGAAAUGGUAAUAGAUGGGUCUUCACUUUAAUGGUAUCCUGAAUAUCAACAUCAGUAUGGUAGAAUCUCUCAAGACAAUAACAAAACAACGAAAUCAGCAUCAAAUUACAACAGCAAAUCAAAAAGCAUCCACAAAAAAAAAAAAAAUAGUAUAUAGCUUACUAUAGUUUAUAGUUUAUUAUAUCAUCCUUCUUAUUUCACAUCUAUAUAUAUAUAUAUUGUUAUCAUGGUUUAUCAUAUUUCUCCAUUAUUCCUAUUAUCAUUAUCACUAUCAUUACUCUCAUUAUUAUUAUAUCAUUAUUAUUAUAUCAUUAUUAUUAUAUCAUUAUUAUUAUAUCAUUAUUAUUAUAUCAUUAUUAUUAU